AUGUCAAGCCCUUCGAAGCGCGCAAGCCACUUGUUGGAUCUUUUGCCCCCUAUCUCGACACCGUCGCCGUUUUCGUCAUGGCGUGUCGUGUCUCUCAAAUCUGAAUGUCGUCGGUUGGGCCUAGUGACAUCGCGCAACAAGCAAGGCCUCAUUGCUCUACUGGAUCAGUACUAUGCAACACAUCCUGAACUCUCCAUACCGCUAGAGGAGCCACGUACUUCGUCCGAGCCAGCUGUCCUGGUCAUCUCAGAUACGGACUCUACUACAACGCAUUCGUCGGAUUUUGAAAUCAUCGAGUCAAAAAGCUCACCGAGGAAAAAAACAGAUUGUACUACGUCCUUGUUAGAAAAACAAAUACGGUCUAUCCAUCUGGAUAGUGAUGUAUCCGAGCACCAUGAAGACGAGAACAAUACCUCGACGUCGUCCGUGCAGAACGAUUCAGCCGACGAUACGGACGAUGGCAGCUUCUCCACCGUGGAAGAGACUGUAGACCUCUACGGCCCCCAGCGCAACGAUAUGGACGAACCUUUGUGUACUGCCAUUUUUUCCGACACAGAACUAUACCAAAGAAUUCUACGCAUGGAGCCUAUCAGCCUGGACGAGUUUAUGAGCGUGGCUCAGCGAUCUGGCACCCUUACAGGGUCCAUGACGCGCAAUCGGGCGCGAUUGCGCACAUGGUUGGAUACCCAGGGCAUUUGCUUUUAUGAAGCGGAUUUAUGA